CACACGCUGCAGUAUUUCCACACUGCGUCCUCUCAAGUUCCAAACUUCCCAGAGUAUGUGAGUGUUGGUUAUGUUGAUGGAGUUGAGAUUAGUUACUAUGACAGCAACAUCAGGAAAGCAGAAUCCAAACAGGACUGGAUGAACAAAAUCACAGCAGAGGAUCCAAAAUACUGGCAGAGACAAACAGAGAUCAAUGUUGGUAAUGAGUUUAAUGCCAAACACAACCUUGAAGUUCUUAAGAAGCGUUUCAACCAAACUGGAGGUGUUCACAUUGUCCAGUGGAUGUCAGGAUGUGAAUGGAAUGAUGAGACUGAUGAGGUUAAAGGUUGGGAUCAGGAAGGUUAUGAUGGAGAAGAUUACAUAUCGUUGGACAUGAAGACAUGGACAUAUACUGCAGCAAAACCACAAGCUUUCCCCACCAAACUCAAGUGGGACCAGAACAUAUUUCUACUAGACGACAAUAAGUAUUAUUACACUGAGGAUUGUCCUUCUUACUUGAAGAAGCAUGUGAAGAAUGGGAAGAAGGUCCUAAUGAGAACAGAGCUUCCAGAGGUGUUCCUCCUCCAGAAGACGCCAUCCUCUCCAGUCACCUGCAUGGCGACAGGUUUCUACCCCGACUUAGCCGACCUGUUUUGGAGGAAAGACGGCGAGCAGAUCUUCGAGGACGUGGAGCACGGAGAGCUGCUCCCCAACCACGACGGAACCUUCCAGAUGUCGGUGGAGCUGAAAGUGGAGGUGACGGCCGAGGUGGAGGGCAAGUACGAAUGUGUGUUCCAGCUGUCUGGCGUCAAGGAGGACCUGGUCACCAAGCUGGAGAGAAGAAGCAUCCUGAGCAACGCAAGCCUGGGCGUGGCCAUGGAGCUCGUCAAACAGCGUCCGCACCGAUACCCGUUGUCGAUGCCUUGCCGAUAUCACGGGAGGAGGAACCCAUGCAGCUUGGAGGGAAUCGUCUCUCUCAAGCAGAGAGAGAUCGUCGCCUUCGUCUUCUGCUUUGUCUAUAUUGCGGAAAAGCUGAGCAUCGCAUCUACCACUGUCCUCAUCGUCCUGCACGCCGUCGCACUCAAGCGUCACCUCGUAUAA